UUGCUAUGUUGCAAAACCAAUUAUGCACGCAGUUCAACUUCGCAUCAAGUGGACAGAGUCUGGUUAGUUUAUAUCGCAACCAAUUUUUAAUUCGUGGAAUGAUUUUUCUUUACGCAAAUUAAGCUAAUUACAAGCGAAGUGUGAAUAAAGCCUCAUUGAUUCUUGGUUUGUUAGCCAAUUUUCGAAGUUUUGACAGGUUCAGACUAAACGAUGGUCGAAGCGACCACGUACAUGACAACCACUGAGAUCGGCUACUACGCCGCCGAAAGCAUGGGCGACGGCAGGUCAGCCUCGGCGGAGCUCACGAGCGGCAACAGCAGCAACAACUCUUACAACUUGUUGCAAGAGGAUAAUGUCUACGACACACUCACCACAGAUUCCUCCAGUGUAUUUGAAGAUUGUGACGACAGUUUAGGAGUGUCUUUUGAGUCCCAGGUGCUUUUAACUGUGGUCUACUCGGUGACAAUAAUGCUAGCGAUCGCUGGUAAUGCUAUGGUGAUUUUGAUCCUCGGAUUCACGGCUAGAUUAAGGACAGACCUUAACAACUUUCUUAUCAACCUGGCGGCAGCCGACCUCAUUGCCGCUUUAUUUUGUAUGCCGUUUACAUUCAUUUAUAUGAUGAAAGAAAACUGGAUAUUUGGAAGUAUUGCGUGUCCCAUCGUUCUCUUCAUUCAACAAAUGGAGUGGCCAGUUGCCGCUUGUACUUAA